CUCGGGCGACAUCCGGCGGCUAGACAUUCACCAUGUCUAUUCUGAAGGUGCACACCAGAGAGCUCUUCGACUCUUGUGGGAAUCCCACUGUUGAGGUGGAUCUCUACACCACAAAAGGUCUCUUCAGAGCUGCUGUGCCCAGUGGUGCCUCAACUGGUAUCUACGAGGCUCUAGAGCUAACCGCUGCUCUAGAGCUUCGGGACAAUGACAAGACGCACUAUCUGGGGAAGGGUGUCUCCAAGGCUGUUGAGCACAUCAAUAAAACUAUUGCACCUGCACUGGUUAGCAAGAAGCUGAGCGUAGUGGAGCAGAAGAUCAACAAGCUGAUUAUUGAGAUGGACGGGACGGAAAAUAAGUCUAAAUUCGGUGCCAACGCCAUUCUAGGAGUGUCCCUGGCAGUCCGCAAGGCUGGGGCUGUUGAGAAAGGGGUGCCCCUGUACUGCCGCAUUGCUGACCUGGCUGGCAACACCGAGGUCGUCCUGCCAGUUCUGGCUUUGAAUGUCAUCAACGGUGGUUCUCACACUGGCAACAAGCUGGCCAUGCAGGAGUUCAUGAUCCUCCCCGUAGGCACCGCCAACUUCAGGGAAGCUAUGCGCAUGAAAGCCGGCUACACCGAUAAGGUGGUCAUCAGCAUGGAUGUGGCUGCCUCCAAGUUCUUCAAGUCUGGGAAGUAUGACCUGGACUUCAAGUCACCCGAUGACCCCAACAGGUACAUCACCCACGAUGAUCUGGCCAACCUGUACAAGUCCUUCAUCAAGAACUACCCAGUAGUGUCUAUUGACUGGGAAGCGUGGUGCAAGUUCACUGCUAGCACGGAGAUCCAGGUGGUGGGGGACGACCUCACAGUGCCCAACCCGAAGUGGAUUGCCGAGGCCAUGAGCGAGAAGUCGUGCAACUGCCUCCUGCUCAAAGUGAACCAGAUCGGCUCCGUGACCGAAUCUAUUCAGGCAUGCAAGCUGGCCCAGUCCAAUGGGUGGGGUGUCAUGGUGUCCCAUCACUCCGGGGAGACUGAAGACACCUUCAUCGCAGACUUGGUGGUGGGGCUCUGCACUGGGCAGAUCAAGACUGGUGCUCCUUGCAGAUUUGAGCGCUUGGCCAAGUACAACCAGAUCCUCAGAAUCGAGGAGGAGCUGGGCAGCAAGGCCAAGUUUGCUGGCAGGAACUUCAGAAACCCCCUGGACAACUAA